ACAACAAACUCACGUUCUCACAUAGCUACGUUCCUCUCAUGAUUAUGCUUCACUGAGUCUUCUUCUGAUAACUUCUUUUGACAAUAUGGUUGUUUCUCUAGCAUGGAUUUUGGCACUCCUACUUUCUUCUUCUUUGGCUUCUGCUGCUAUCGUGGAACACACUUUCAAUGUUGGGAACAUGAGGAUCCAACGGUUGUGCAAGCACCAAGUUGUAACAGCAGUGAAUGGAAAAAUUCCUGGACCCACUAUACGAGUCAGAGAGGGUGACACACUUGUGGUUCACGUGUUCAAUAACUCACCCUACAACAUCACUAUUCAUUGGCAUGGAAUAUUUCAAGUAAUGAGUGCGUGGGCAGAUGGUGCUGAAUAUGUAACUCAAUGUCCAAUUCAAGCAGGACAUAGCUUUAGUUACAGAAUUAACAUUAUAGGACAAGAGGGAACUCUUUGGUGGCAUGCCCAUUCUUCCUUUUUACGUGCCACUGUUCAUGGUGCCCUUUUUAUUCGUCCCCGCCGAGGUCGUCCUUAUGCAUUCCUUAGACCCUACAAAGAAGUUCCCAUCUUAUUAGGUGAAUGGUGGAAAGAUGAUGUUAUGGAAAUUGAUUCCCAAGUACUUCCUCCAUCGGAUGCUUUCAUGAUCAAUGGCUUGCCCGGUGAUCUUUACAAUUGCUCUCAAGAAGGGAUGUUUAAACUGAAGGUUAAAGCAGGAAAAACCUACUUGUUACGAAUAAUCAACACCAACCUCAUUACCCAAGUGUUCUUCAAGCUCGCCAAUCACAAUUUCACAGUUGUGGCCAUCGACGCCGUCUACACGCCGCCGUUAGUGACCGACGUGGUGGUGGCCGGCCCCGGCCAAACCACCGACGUCCUUCUGGAAGCCAACCAACCAAUUGGCUCUUACUACAUGGCAGCUUCCGUUUACUACUCCACAACGGCAGCGUUUGACAAUACGACAGCAAGAGGACUCGUCGUUUACCAAGGAUCCCAAUCCGCAUCCCCCCCUAUGCCCCUCAUGCCCGUUUACAACGACACAAAAACCGCCAACAAGUUCUACACCAACCUCACUGGGCUCCCCAUUGGGCCUCACUGGGCCGCCUGCCCAGACCAAGUGGACCAGAGUCUUUUCAUGGUGUUUGGAGUGAACCUGGAGCGGUGUCACAAGAACGGCACCUGCUUGGGCCCCUUUGGGUUUAACUUCUCCGCCAGCAUCAACAACGAGUCCUUUGUUUUGCCCAGUGACGUAGGAGUGUCCAUGUUGGAGGCCUUUUAUAAGGGUGUGAGUGGGGUGUACACUAGGGAUUUUCCCAAUGGGCCUCCGUAUGAGUUUGAUUAUACAAGCCCAAACACUAGCCUUGACUUCACGCGCAUAUUUGCUCAUAAGUCUACCAAGGUGAAGCGUGUGAGGUUUAACUCGACGGUGGAGAUUGUUUUGCAAAGCACGUCGUUCCUUGAUGUGGAGAACCAUCCCAUGCACCUUCAUGGUUUCAACUUCUACGUCUUGGCUCAAGGCUAUGGAAACUACAAUGCCACUAGAGAUAGAGAAAAGUUUAAUCUUGUGAAUCCACAAAUGAGGAACACGAUUGGUGUGCCACGUGGAGGAUGGGCUGUCAUUAGAUUCAAAGCAAAUAAUCCAGGUAUAUGGUUUUUUCACUGCCAUAUAGACACUCAUAUGGGAUGGGGAUUGGCUAUGGCUUUCGAGGUUGAGAAUGGACCCACUCCUUCUACCACGUUACCUCCACCACCUCCGAAUAUGCCCAAGUGCUAAAAACCAAAUUGUGGUUUCAUGAUACUUAAUUAAUUAAUUCAAAUGAUCAUUUGAUUGGUAUAGAAAACAAAAUGUAAUUUUCACAGAAAAAAUAUGAAACUCUAUUUCUCAAUAUGUUACUUACAAGUGUUGA